ACACAUACACAUGCAUCUUUACUUGAAAGUGCUAACUAAGUCAAUCCGUGAACAGAGCGGGUAAAAAAGUAGUUAUGACAUGUGUCGUCCAGUCCUCAUCCCUUAUUGGAUUUGGAAGCAACUAGAUUUCUCAUUGUAACUAUCUCCACUCCACUCCACUCCACACCACCGAACGAACACAAUCACACGAACAACGACGAAAAUUGAAUUCUCACAAGUGUGAAUUCAACUCCUCAAAAUGGAGGGUUUGCCUUUGGAAAUCUGUAUGAACAUUUUCUGUUUCUUGGAUUACCAGCAUCUAGCAGUUGCUCAACAAGUCUGCAAGAAGUGGAAGGUCAUGGCUUCAGAGAAUGCUAUAUGGUCUAACCUUUUUCUGGAGAGAUGGGGAGGGGACCGCGCUGAUUUUUACGCUCCAACGGGUUCAAAAUCAUGGAAAGAUGUAUAUGAGGUGCAAGAUCGUUGUGACCGCGUUGGAGUGGGUUUGAAGAUAAUUAGAGAAGGCUGUGACUACUACCUUGUUCACCUAGGUGAGAUCCAGCAAUAUCUGGGUUCAAGAAAGAAUAGGGAACAAGCAACAAGCCAGAGCUGCCACACUUCCAGUUCAGAAAAAAGGGACUUGAGUGGAGAAGGUUCCCUAGCUGAAGAGAGAUCAUGUCGAGGAAUUUUGGACAGAAUCCUUUUUUUCAUCGGGGAUUUGGAAGUUGCUUCCGCGGGUGCAAAACGCAGCCGUUUGAUAUGAACAUCCCUGCUAUUCAAUCCAAUUGUGAUGUUCAUUGUAGAAUUUCAGUGUAUGUAAGCAUUGUUCUGUGUAUGUAUAUAUGCUUAUCUGUAAAAACAAGGUAUUCAGUUAUUUUGCAGAACUUGAAUUUGUUAAUCCUCCUAUAUAGAACUUUAACUUGUAUUAUCA